UAAUAAAAUUUUCUUCAUCUUUUAAAACUUAAAGAAAAGGAAAAUGCAAGAGCAAGGAGGAGGGAGAGUCACUAGAGAGUUAAGGGAGAAAGCUGUUGAAUAUUACAGCCAGCAUGAUGCUACUGGAGCUCUGGAAAAGUUGCUCAACAAGAUGUAUAUUGAUUCACCAGAAGACAUGUAUGGAUACAUGUCAGAGUAUUUUCAUACACUUUCUAAUGAUCCUACAGUUUCCUCCAUUGAAGCUAUUGAGCUUUUGGACAGCAAUGGAGACCCGUCACUCUCUCUCACUCUACACUGCAUUGUAAAUGGAGUCUCUAAAGCUGUGGGUACUUAUGCUCAUGACUUGAAUUGGCCUAAAAAUGAUGGUGAGCUGAAAUGGAGUGGAAGCAAGAGCAAACCUCCCUCGGGGACUAAUCCCAAAGACACUAAAGAGACCAAAGACAAGAGUAAAGAGUCUAAAGAAGCUAAAGCACUCCCAGUUAAAGAAGAGGAGGCAGUGGUGGAGGAGGCAAAGAAGGAAGAGGUAGAAGAGAAAACUAAAGAGGCUUCUACCCCUCCUUACCUAGAGACUGUCAAUAGAUUAAAUGUGAUACUCUCUGAGUUAGACUUGAAAUCACAAAUUGAAUUAAACGCUGUCAUUAAUCAAGAUCAUGGAAUCACACUUCAUCCUAGCUCUAAGGCUGCCGUGUCACGUGUAGCUGCUCUCUCUCUUGCCUUCCUCUCAAACCAACCUCUCUUCUUAUCUUUAAACCAAUCAUUUAACAAAAGCACCACAUCCAGCAAAACCUUCUCUCUCCCCCUUCCUUUGUUCAAUGUAGUCGCAGGUGGAUUGGGAAAGCUUAGGAUCCGUGGAGUGUAUCUCUUGCCAUCUCCUUCAUCAUCACUGAUGACUGGGUUCAAGAACAUUAUGAAUGUAUAUAAAGAGAUGGGACACACUCUAUCGACAAAGGGGCCUGCUCCUGUGUCUAAGAGCGGUGCUUAUUACUUUUCUUGUGAUAAACCAGAGAUGUUAAUGGAUCUGAUCAAAGAAGCCAGUGCCAGUGCUGGUGUAACACUGAAGGAUGAAGUCCUAGCUUAUUUAGAUGUUGGAGGGGAAUCAAUGUAUGAUGAGGAUAAGAGGAAAUAUGAGCUAUCUACUGGGCAGUGGAAGACUGGAGAUGAGCUUGUUAAUGUGUGUAUCAGUUUAACCAGUGCCUAUCCUUGGAUAGGAGGAUUCAUUGACCCACUCCACCCUAAUGACAUUGCUAGCUGGCAGUCAUUGAAAGAGCAGCUGAAUGAGCAGUGUCUCCUUAUGGCUGAGAAUGCAUUACUAGGCCUUGCAUCUGCUACAAUUGUUAUUCAGAAAGAUACGAAAGGAGAAGAAGAGGAAGGGGAGACUGAGUCUAUUGAUUCUCUAUCUAUCAUUAACUCAGGGUUCAUCUCUUCCAGUCACACUAAAACACUCAGUGAGUGUUUUGAUGAAGCUGAUGACUUAAAAGGUCGUGUUUCUCACAUUUCACUCUCUUCUCUCCAGCCCUCCUCCUCAUUCACAUCUGAUAGUCUCAGUUUUGAUGUUGAUUUGGCUGUUGCUCUAGGCUGUAAGCUAAUAAAAGUCGGAGCACCCACAGGAGUAACAGCUGCUAUGUCCAUUUCAAGAUUGAUCCAGGUACAAGGGCAGUUGGAGUCACUCAAACUCCUAGGGCCUUCAUCACUAUUAAUGAUACCUGUCGAAUCAUAGUGCUAAUUACAUAAAUAUUAUAAGAAUCAAGUAUAUUAGUGCAUAUUUUGACUCUUGGCCAAUGUUAUCACUUAAACUCUUAUGUGUUAUAAUUAAUUUUAUGAUGCAUCAAAUAUCGAAACAGGUGCACUCUGUGUUAGUCUUUCCUCAAAUAGCUCAAUUGUAUGUAUUGUUAUUAUAGUAAAUAGCUGGUCAAUGGCUUGAUUGAA